AAUGACCUGUGGGAGUCCUAACUCCUCGCUAGCAUCUCCGUGCUUCCACAAACACAAUCCCUAUCUUGUCUCCCUUUCUUUUUAUACGAUCCCUAUAUGCACUCUUUUUUUAAUCCGCAGGAUUUUUUAUUUACUUGUAGAUAGUAAAAUUUGCCACGUAGAGUGUAUGGAGCAUUCACAAUGGAGACUCUGAUAGCCACUGCCUUUGGUCGCUACGUGAAUGUUCUGAGAGGAGAAGCAGACCAGAUAACACAGGGGGCCAACGCCAUUUUCCGUGCAAACGAAGAGGGGUCACCCAAUGCUCCCGACAUGCUGAUAGCAACUCUGUCCAACUUCCCGUGGCUAGAGCCACUGUUACUGCACAUUCUUCGGAGCUCAGAUGUGGCAGCUUAUGUCAAAACGAUGCACAAUACGGCCAUGGGGCUCAUACAGGCUAGGCUGGAUAGCACAGAGGCUCCUAAGGUGAAGGACUUGCUCCAGUUAAUGAUAGAAACAACAGAUGAUGAAAGUAGUGAUGGUACUAGGUUGACUAGUGAGAUAAUGGCUGGUUUUUCUGUCGACUUCCUGCUGGCUGGCUACGAGACUACGGCCAACACUCUGAGCUACACCACAUACCUCCUGGCAAUGAACCCUGAUGUACAGGAGAAACUACAGGCAGAGAUUGACCAAUACUUUGAGGAAGAGCCCGAGGCAUCUCUGUAUGAAGCAGCUCAGAAGCUCAAGUAUUUGGAAAUGGUUAUCCAUGAGUCAAUGAGGCUGUAUACACCAAUACCAAAGACUCAACGUCACUGCCAGAAGACGGUGACUGUUAGAGGUGUCACUAUCCCUGGAGGAGCUGAAGUGAUCAUUCCAAUUGACGCCAUCCAUCACAUGCCACAAUAUUGGCCGGACCCUUACAAAUUUGAUCCUGAGAGGUUCACAGCUGAGGCAAAGGCAAAUCGACACCAGCUGGCUCACAUGCCAUUUGGCUGGGGUCCACGCAACUGUAUUGGACUCAGGUUUGCUCUCCUCGAGACAAAGAUUGCACUCAUGGAGAUACUGAGGAGGUACAGCUUUGCCCGAGGACCAGAGACUCCGGCUAAGCUGGAGCAGAUACGUGGCAUCACCUCAACGCCAAAAGGCGGAGUGUUUGUCAGGAUCAUACCGAGAACCUAG